ACCAAGUGAAGCGUCAGAAGCACCUUCAGACUAGAAUGGAUCUCACGGCAAGAGCUUCUCUUCUGCUCCUGCUGCUUCUGGGCCUCUGCAAAGCUCAACCUGGAGAUGAUCCUGCUACUGAAGAUGUGAACUCUGUGGUUGAGUCGGACAAGGACGACAUGACCACGGCUAUCUUCAAAAUGAACAACGGAUCUCUACAUCUGGUGGAGGAAGGAGACAUAUUCAUUCCAAGAACCAGGAGUGCCAUGAAGUGCAAGCACAAAAGAUUUAGUUGUCUGUGGCCCAAGUCCUCAAAUGGGAACGUGGAGAUUCCUUUUUUUAUAAGUGAAAAAUAUGAUGACGAUGAGAAGAACACGAUCUUGCUUGCCAUGAAGGGCUUUGAACCAAAAACCUGCAUUCGCUUCGUUCCACGCAAAACUGAGAGGGCAUACCUCAACAUUGUGCCAAAAUAUGGCUGUAUGUCUUUGCUGGGCUUUACUGGAGACAAGCAGAUAAUUUCCCUGCAGAGGUUUGGCUGCGUGAAGAACAGCAUCAUCCAACAUGAGCUGAUGCAUGCGCUGGGUUUCUACCAUGAACACACACGCAGUGAUCGCGACCAAUAUGUGAGAAUCAACUGGGACAACCUCAAGCAAUAUUACAUAAAGAACUUUAAAAAGAUGGACACAAAUAAUCUCAACACCCCAUAUGACUACUCCUCCAUCAUGCACUAUGGAAGAACUGCCUUUGGAAUGUUUGGAAGAUUGGAAACCAUAACCCCCUUCCCUGACCCCAAUGUUCCCAUCGGCGAAAGCAAAACCUUCUCCGACAUCGACAUUCUCAGGAUCAACAGGCUCUACAAGUGCUAGAGUUACAGAGGGUAGAAUCUUUGUUCCAAUCCUGAUGAAUCAUGUCAAUUUGAAAGAACGACAGUAAAGAA